AUGGCGGAUAAAUACGUACUCUCCGUCACGGCCGGUCCAACCUACGAAGAUCAAAAACAGAWAUCCAUCAACACCGAAGAGUCAACCCGAAUCUCCUCGCCACAUCUCACCGCAGACAUUCGGAUCCGCGUUCAAAACUAUCGUGGACUUCCAGCAGGCUCUCCUAAGACAUCACCCUACUUUGAUCAUGAGAAGCACAAAAAAGACCUCUACUCGCUUGCCUUCUCCUUCACGCCAAAAGAAGACUUGAACGGCCACGACGUAGUCUUCGGAAACGAYUUCGAUCAUCCUAUACGUGACAAGCUUCCGCCAGGCUUCAACCAGGCUUUCAAAAUCGCAACUUGGUUCAUUGAUCCGGGUCUCUACGGCGAUGUAUACGCAGACGAGCCAUAUCUCUACGGACCCAUGUUAAGCUCGAUCAACACCCUUAGAAUCGGACCCAAGGAUGAUAAAGCACAAGAGAAGAUAGAAGAAGUCCGAGCGAAUGAGGAGGUCUUGGUGUACGAAGAGGGUGCUGAUGGUGAUGGAGAAGAAGUGCGAGAGCAACUGAGCAUACCCAGGGACGGUCCUGCGCGACAAAAGUUCUUCCUGACAGAGGCAAAUUUGAAGAAGUUUACGUUUGAGAAAGGCAGGGAGUACAGUCAGGACUUCUUCAAUCCCUAUCUUGAUUUCAACGAUUUCGCCCUCAGAUUGCCCGGGUUUAGCUACAUCCCUGGCAUCACCAUUCCAAUCCUCGGGCAUUGGAAUGGUGAGCCGCUGCGAUACGUGCUCAAGAACCGAGCUACGAACGAGCCAUUAUUCGUGAUUGUCUUCACGCUGCUCCCGAAAGAGGAGGUGGAAUCAAAGGAAGGUGACUCAAAGGAGGCUUUGACACAAGAGGGCAACGACGAUCUCGAUUGA